AUGUUCCCGACGAAGUUUCGUGAUUUGUCAGAAUGCAGAGGACUGCACAGGAUGCAACUACCACUCGGACAACAACAGCUGCCAGAUAUUCAGGAGCGGGUUGGGCAUCAACGUGGAAUAUUGAGAAUGGAUGAGUUGUUAAUUUUAUCAGUUAUAUGUGCUUAUUGUGGUGAAACCGGUCAUAAGCACUCAUGGGAAAAUCCAUGUAAAAACAAUCCUAAAUCAAAAACAAAUGCUAAUUUCAUUGUGGACAAGCUCACCCAUCAUGUGAUAAAUCUUGUCCAACCUACAAAAUUGAAAAAAAAAACAAUUGAAACAAGAAUCAUAAAAGGGAUAACCUACAAACAAGCCAAAAUUUUAACAAUAUCAAACGAUAAACCAACAUAUGCUAGCAUAGUACAACUUAAAACAACAAAAAUAACUACAGACAUUGGUAUCCAAUGCAAUUUAUUAAACGUCCCAUUACUAAAAAAACUCUCAAACAAGAAUCUUCAGAUAGAUAAAACAACAUGUGAUGUUCUAGAUGAUAUUCUAUUAAACAACAUGCAUGAUAACCAAAUGACACGUGCACCCAAUGUAUAUGCUCUCCCAUCAGAUGACACUGAGAUGGAAAGUGAUGAGGAGUUAAGAUUUAAAAAGACACAACUUCCCAAACAAUAUACUAAGAACAAAUCUCAUAUAAAACAAAAACAAUGA